UCCUUAAUGUCGGAGUCGUAUUGGAAAGACUACACUGAAAUGAUACUCAAAAAAUAUAGCACCGUGCCCCAACAUUUGACAGAAUCAGAAUUCAAAAAAAACCAACUGAUUUUCAUUAUACAAUAUGAAGAUCUUUACACACACAAAACUACUGAAAGAGAAAGGUAUAGCAUCAACGAUUUUGGAUCGGAUGUUGGUGGCAAUCUUGGUCUGUUCUUGGGAUGCAGUAUUCUAACAUUUUUCGAAAUAUUUGACUUAAUCAUAAGCUACGUUUUUGGAAGACAAAAGCCUAAAAACCAGGUAGAACAAGACGAAGCAAAAAAUGAAAUCACUUCGUAGCCUUGAUUUCAUGAUGGAGAUGGGACAUUUGAAAUAUACGAAUGUUAAGUUAUUUGAUGGAGGACAAUUUAUUCCAUUUAUAAAGACGUUUAGCUUUAUACCAGAUCAGUGAUAAGACAUGAAUAGUACCUGAUCAAGUGCAAAACGAGGAUAGUUAGCUUACCGAUGUAUACGUGACGUCUGUAAAACAUAUGCAACAAUACAUCCAUAUUCGAUCCAUAUAGAAUGUGGCGAAUUGCCGGCAUAUUGAACAAAUUGUAUCCAACAAUACAUUUAAUUGUAUAUAA